UUUAUGUUGUGUGUGUAGAAAUAUUUAAAAUAUAUCAGACUGUACUGCAAGUUAAGUAUUUUAGAUAAAUUCUCACCGAGUAGUAAAAAUUAUUUUGAAAAUGCGACUAAAUAAGACUAAAUAAGGAUUCGCUUGAACCCAUUUCAUACUCAAGUAACUCAAGUCUAUAUUUCUUAAUUUUUUUCAAGCUGUAAAAGUUGUCUUCAACCUUAACGAUGUCGACUGCUAUGACCUUUGGACAAAAACAAUUUAUACCAACCCCACCAGAAAAAGGAAGUUUUCCACUUGAUCAUGAAGGCGUUUGUAAGAAAAGCAUGCUGAGGUAUCUUAAUUGUUUAAACGACAAUGAUAGUAACAAUUCCUUAUGUCGCUCCGAGGCUAAAGAAUAUUUGGCAUGCAGAAUGGAAAAUAACUUAAUGGCAAAAGAAAAAUGGUCAAAGUUAGGAUUUCCUGAAAGCAACAACCAAUUAGAAGAAGAGAAGAAAUAAGAGUCAUAACAUGGUUUUAGUAGGCACGGAACUUGAGUAGUGUUGUGUUUGGUUUGUAAGAAAUGAUUAAAAUAUAGCGCAUUAAUAAAUUUUAUAUAUUUA